CCCGCUUUGCCUGUCGUCCUGUUCGUUGUGUGUCACACAAAAGAUCCUAAACAUUCCCAAAUUGGUUAUAUUCUAAAAAUAAUAUUACAUUUAUCCUUUUUCAUUCACCAGGUAAGCUUUCCAUUCAUUUCCGCAUACAUGGAGAUCAACUGCGAAAUUCAGCCCGUAAGGUUCAAACAAUUGAUUUUGAACCUGUUUUUCAUGCGCUUGGUGGUAUGAUUUAGUCACCUGAAUUCCAAUUGAGGUUCGACAAUGACAGGCUCACUCCUGUUUUUGUUGUAUUUUUCUUCAUUCGAUGGACGUUGUAGGUGGUGAAGGGUUCGAAUUAGAGGGGAGGUGGUACAAUUGAAGAUCAGUGGGAGUCAUUCGGUCUCACCAUGUGGAGCUUCCUUACGAGUGUCAUUUAGGGUUUUGAGCGUAGUUUCACUUGAAGAAACCGUUUUAUGGACUCAUCUGAACGAGUCUUGAUGAUAAAGCACUUGUUUCAAUUAAUCGUAUCUUGAAUUUUUCAUUAUGUUUUCUGCUGGAGGGGGUGGGGGUCGAUCUCCCGCAUUGUGAAUGAGCAAAUGUUUGACGUCUUCAGCAAUCUAUCUCUAAUGAAUCAGAGCAGUUCCCCUCAUCAGAAUUGCUAUAAAUGAGGAGUUCGUAAUCGUUCUAUUUCGAUUUUUUACAUCUCUCUCUCUCUCUCUCUCUCUCUCUCUCUCUCUCUCUUCUUAUUUUAUUUUAUUUAUUUCUUCAGCCGAUCUUAAUUUUUAACAGAGGGUGUUUAUACUUUCUGAUAUCAAUAUUUUCAGCCACGAUAUUUUUUUUAUGAUUUUGUUCUCUUUAUGGUUCUUGGCGUAGACUGCAGUAAAAUUUAAAUGGUGGUGUGCUUCCUUUUGGCGGAAGAGUCGCUACAAUGAUGAUACUCCUCGAAAGUGUCAUCCUCUUAGCGAUUGUCAUUAACAGUCAAAAGGAUUCAUUCAGUCCAUGCGGGGAGAGACGAGGAAUAUAUCUAUCAUGGAUUAUUUGCUUACAUAUCUGGAAACUUAUGCAGGGCCUCAUCCAUGUGGAAGUUGAACCUGUAAAACAUGUGGUAUUAUAAAUCACUCAGUUCACGUGAACUGAAAAAGAAGAACUUGUGGUGCUGACAAACAAACAGGACUCAAGGCUCCGCCACAACUCUUCAUCACCAGCAGCUGAUCAGGUUUGUGAAGUUGUUGCAGGUUAGGGGACCUGUGUGAAGUAUAAGCCUCUUGAUUUAUUUGUGCCGUGAGGUUUGAAGUUGACCUUCUUCAGUUCUGGCUACACUACCGAGACCUGAGAUUGAGUGUAGGUGAAAUUACCUCGGGAUAGAGGUAUAGUAAAGCGCGGAGUUAGGAAUGCCAUUUUUCAUAUUCCUUACUGUAUUCCAGGAAUAAUGAAAUUGUGUGCUUCUCUAGUGAGUAUACGCCGAGCAUUGGCCCGUUGCAAGGUCUGGUAAACGUACUCCAGAGUACCCAGAAUCUCGUACGUCAACUGGUUUAAUAGGCUUGCUAUUCCUAGGUAGGAUAAGGUUUCGAUUCAGAAGUUAGCAGAGGGUCCUCUCUAUCAUCUUCUCUGAUACGUUAGUGUGCUAGACCUACUGGUCAAAUAUGAUCGUCGAGUUGCAGGGGUCAAUGGAACUGAAUUUUUACCAGUUUGUUGAGACUUGAUGUUAAUUUCUUGUCUGGCGAAUGUGGAGUUCUUGAUCGUUGUGUGAUCCUUGGCUUUGGAUGUGUUGAAGUGGCAUUUCUUGACAGGGUGAUUAGUGGAUGUCGUAGCAUAUGGCAUCUUUGAUUCUGGUAUGAAAAGAAUUGGAUGCAGUCAGUAUUUUUGUAGUUGAUUUGAAAUUUCAUAGAAAUUGUUAAGCAUAAUUGAUGUAGUGUUGAUUUCAUCAUACUUUCCCACUUGAGAAUUUUCUUUCAGCAUCAAUCUACCUCACGUCCUUUUUGGUUGAUUUAGAUUCUCUUUGAAAUGUUUACGUAGAAAAUAAGAUGUGUAUUUGAAUUUUUUUUCCCUUGUGAAGAUGGGCAGAUGGUAUGAGAUUGGCAUGUGAAUAUUGAGAUUCUACGAGAUAUUGUAUUGGCCUAGUUGUCAACCAUCACGAGGAUGUCCAUCAUCAUGUUAUAUCACAAAUGGAAACUUUAGAUUAGCCUUCUUGCUAUUAUUGAGCUUGAGUUGAUUCGGAUUAGGUGGUGAAUUUGACUCUCAAUCCUUUCAAGCGUAUGAGGAAAGACCAUGGCCGUGAAGAACACACCUUGAUGCAAGCACAGGAUUCAACAUGUUUACUGGACAACGUUCCUUGUCGAACAAUAACGAAGUAGCGUCAAGUACAUCUUUACAAACAAACAACAUGCAAGGAGCUGUUCGAGGAGACGGGAACGGAGAAAGGACUUGGAGUAAUGUACCUUCCGCCACGGAUUUCAAUAUCUAUAACAAUAUUCGAAAUUCCUUGGCUACUGAUGAGUAUGCUUCUCUUGGAAUUCCGUUGAAUCGAGAGGGGAAUUAUGUACCUGCGGGCGAUAUCACCACACACAGGCAAACGUCUGGAAGAUUCCCCCUGGAUCCUUUACUCAUCCCUCGAGCAAGUCCAAUGUCCUCCCAAGCAAAUUCUUUGGUUUUUGAAGGAAAUGUUCCUGUCGCAGCUAGAAGUCGGUCCUCAAUGCUCUGGGCGCCUACGAAUAAUCAAACGCGAAUGGCUAACUCGUUUACUCCCACAUCUAUUGGUCCUUCUUCAUUGGUUACGUGGAGGCGAGCAUCCGCGCCCUCCCCGUCAAAUCACAACAAUUUAUCACGAAUGGGGAAUUUGCAGCCCCGCAUACCAGCCUCUACUAAAACAAGCCCUUGGCAUGGUAGGAGUUUGAUUGAUUCAUCUGUUUCGAAUCCUCGAGCGCCACCAACUUCAUCCGAUCAACAUUCGAUCAGUUCUUUCCGACACGGUGCCUACGGAAGUUCAUCACAUCAAGCACCAAUAUGGCCGGAAGGAUCUUCCAACGGAUCCCUGCUUGAUAGUUCGAUUGCAAGAUCUGCUACCCACAGGAAUAACAGCUUUGGCGCCGAUUCUGAACAGAUGAUGCACUCCCCGAUGCGCGCACCAAAUCCACUGAGUCGUAGAAACACAUUUCCCAACCAUUUUGCAGAUGUCCCAGAGGCGAUGCAUAAUAUAGCAGCUGUAUAUCGGUCAAGGAGUGUACCUCCCAGUCCAGGGAUGCAGUUGCCAUCUACGCCGGGGUUUGGCAAAAUGGAGCAGGCGACAUCUUCUCCCAUAACAUUUGGACGCUUAGAAUCAAACUAUGCAAGACGAGGCAACUUUGUUGGAGAUGCAGGAAGUUUUGGAGCGGAAUCUACAGGUGUUCCUGGCUCAGGGGUACUGGAGGAUGCCAUUAGAGCGCAGAACUUGGAGCGAGUGCUAGCGAUUCUAGAACAGGGUUUCAGUCCUAAUGGUGAGCGAGGCUCUUCAGAGACUCCGCCAUUGUUAUUAGCGGUUGGUACGGGCAGUGAGACACUUGUGAAGUUGCUCCUUGAAGCUGGGGCUAACGUCAAUGCUUGUGACGGUCGACAAUACACUGCUCUGCAUUAUGCCGUAGCCUCAGGAAACCGGGGCAUUGUGAAUAUCCUGCUCUAUGCUGGUGCAAACAUAUACGCAAAAUCGGAUAGUGAUCUUUUGCCUGUUCAGUUGGCUACCGACCCAGCAAUUAGUGAGCAUUUGGGUGCACGAAUGAAAUCGGAUAUAGAAGGUCGAAUGAGUCCAAGACCAACUUUGGCACACUCAAGCAUCCAUAUGCCUGAUCUGUAUCAGUGGAGAAAGAACUCACUGUUUUCGAAUAACAGAUCUACGAGCUUUUCAGAAGCUGGAGAGUUUGAUAGGUCAAUGCGGGAAGGUCACGAAAGAAAUAUGACUUCAGGGAUGGACGUAAAUACAGGUAGUUCCCAAGAUCAUGAGGUAGCGGGCACUAUCCAAGGUUAUAGAGAAGAUGCUAGCAUACAGCCAGAGAAAUGGGGAGCCAAUAGGCAAAUUUCUCAGAAUACUGCUGGCCAAGCUGUUGGAUCCAGUCCGAUGGACUGGGAAAUUGUAAGAAAUCCAUCAUUUGAGGUUUUUCGUCAAGGAUUAGUUCACAGGGCUUUUUCCAAUCAGAGCUCAAACAUCACUUCAAAUGAAAAUAGUAUCUACUCACCCAACAAAGGGAUGGAUACAUGGAUGCAGGAUGGAACCUCUUCCUUCAAAGGCUCACUCACGAGGUCAUUGCCUGAACGGGUUUUGCACGAAAGGUUACCUCUUCAACGGGUACCAAGUAUUAAAGCUGCUCCAAAGCAUAAUUUGAAUGCACCUCAGGAGGAGUUGCUACGCCAAAGCAUCGAUCCUACUGAACAGGCAACUUACUCAGAUGUAAAAAGUACAGCUGCGAUUAAUUCUGAAGAGGCCGAAUCUGAUCCUUCAGAUAGAAACUCUUCCCGAGGAUUUGAGGAUAACAAGAUUAACGGAGUCAAUGAGGAAGUGGAUUCUGGAUUGAGUAGUUCUCAAGAGCGUACUGCCGAGAUGCGAAAGAGAUUUGCACGUGCUUGUGAUAGUAUGGCUCCUUCUAUGAUGGAGAAGUUCAGAGCAGCAGCCUUACCUGGGCACAAACUCGAAGUUCAUGAGAAUGAGGAAUACCUCUCUGAAAAGUCAUCAGGAACCCCACAAGCACCUGAAACUCCGCGGCAAGAAGAAAAACCUGAAACGCGUGUCCUUGACAACCCCCAAAGAGCCUCUAGCAUACCCAAUGAGAAGGCAGAUUCUGCGGAUGUUCGUCCAGCCUCUGUCUUGAAAGGAGAUGCAAGAAAGAUGAAAGAAAAGAAGAAAACAGUGACUUUUGCUGUUGCGGAACAACCUACUGAUGUAAACCUUGCUCUUAUUCGAGAGGAUUGGCAUGAAGCAGCACGAUCAGGUUGUGUGGGUUGCGGCAAACCAGGGUGUGAAGGACGAUGUAUUGCUCCGGAUAAGCAAUCAUCUGCCUCCACUAGUGAAAUUGCUUCUUGCAGCAGCAGCCAAACCGUUCCAGACAAAUUUUCAACCAAUGUGCAACCUACUCGCACAGGAUCUGUUCGCUGGACAAGAGGAGAGUUGCUUGGUGAGGGUGCAUAUGGAAAGGUUUAUGCUGGACUUAACCAAGAUACAGGUGAGCUGAUGGCUGUGAAACAGCUGAAAUUAAACAUAGCAGCUGAGGGGCAGGAAAGGCAAUUCUACUUGGCAGCAUUAGAACGCGAAAUUGCUUUAUAUAAGAUCAUGAGACACAAGCACAUUGUAGGCUAUAUUGAUAUGGAGCAAGAUACCGAGACUGGCAGUCUCUAUGUCUUCUUAGAGUAUGUCUCCGGUGGCUCCAUUCAAAGUAUGCUGGAGAGAUUCGGACGAUUCAGUGAGCCGUUGGUAAGGGUUUACACUCGACAACUGCUUCUUGGACUGGAGUACCUACAUGGAAAAAAAAUAGUACAUCGAGACAUCAAAGGUGGCAAUGUGCUUGUGGAUGCUGAUGGGGUUAUCAAAUUAGCCGAUUUUGGUGCCUCAAAGGCAUUUCAUGACCCGACACAAACUGAUGGGUUCAAGUCAAUCAGAGGGUCUGUGUUCUGGAUGGCACCGGAGGUCAUCAAAGGUGAUGGCUACGGCCGCAGAGCUGAUAUUUGGAGCGUUGGUUGCACUGUGGUUGAAAUGCUCACGGCUGAGCACCCCUGGCCAGAGAUGGACAACACAUGGACAGCCAUAUUUCACAUUGCGAAGGCAAGUAGCGGCCCCCCUAUACCAGAAGGAGUCUCCGAUGUUGUCAAAGAUUUUUUGUCACAGUGUUUUCAGCUUGAAGCAAGGAGACGGCCAACAUCAACUGAGCUUCUUCAGCACCCGUUUGUUGCGGAGAUUCCAACCCAGACAUAAUGAAUGAUUCAAAACUUGCCUUGAAGACCAAAAUGAUUAUCAGUUACAUUAUCUUGCAGAGAAUUGUGCUAACCCUCCUGGGCAUAAGGUCUAAAAAGGAACAGGAAGAAGUGGUGUUGAUCAACACAAAGAUGUGUUGCUUCGAUUAAUGUUAUGCAUCAUGAGUCCAACUUUCAAUUAAUAAGCUGUGUGGAGACGGAUGAAAACAUAGAUCUCUAUCGUUAUUCAAACACUUUGGUUCAGAGAAUGAGGAGGAAUCUAUCAAUUUAAACUUCCAUAUGCUCACCCUAGUUUCGCCACUUAGUGAUGAAGUUUCCGAACUUUUCUUUUUACCUUCUCUGCUAGUGAAAUUUGUCUACAAAAAGUUAAAAGUUACCAGAUAUAGAUUUUGCUGUGUGAAAGAGGUUUAAUCUCUACAUUCGACGACGAUCUCAAAACUGUGUUUGUCUAAUCCUCAAGGUCUAAUGUCAAGCAUCAUUCAUCUUUUUGAACCUGUUUCAAGGUUUAUCGUAAAA